AUGUAUGUUCUCAUUGAACACCGAAUCGCAAGCAACUGGCAAAAUAUACUCAUAUGCUAUCUACCCCACCUCCCCGAAUCAUCGGUGAACGAAACUGUGGCAGCCACAACCACUGUACGACAAGUACGCGCUGGUGUUAGGGAGCUCGUCAGCUGUAGCACCCUUCGGGUGCCUAACUGCCAUGCUAACCGAAGGAAGCAUGAGAGCUUGAAUAAUGCUACUUUGCCCAAGCCUAGACAGGGGACGUCGAGAUCUCUGCACACUGUAACAAAUGGGGCACCGACCGACCUACUGCCAGUACAUUCUCAAGGAAUGACAUCCAUUCGUCGCCGAUUGCUGUCAGCUGUAGUAUCUACCAUCAACUCGGCCGCAUGCACUUCCAAAUCUUCGAACCAAGGCGCUCAGUUCGUCUACCAGCGUAUAACCUUCACCUGUAGCACCCCUUCGGCGCCUAGCUGCCAUGCCACCAGAAGGAAGCACGAGGGUCGAGAUACCCCCAAGUUUCCCAAGCCUAGACAAGAGCGCCUAGACAAGAGCGGUCGAGAUACCCCCAAGUUUCCCAAGCCUAGACAAGAGCGGUCGAGAUACAGGGGUCGGAUUUGCACCAUGGACCUUCCGGUCAGGGGUAUCAAUAGUGCACCGGUUACCCUCCAGUUUCAAGAAGAUUCUGACCUCAAUAUGGUUUCCCAACGUGCCUCGAACGUAAUUGAAAGGUUACCUGUUGAACAAAGUGCACCGUUUGUAUUGUCUGGUGGAAGCCUCAAACUGACCAGCGAAUUGAGCUACCCAGUGACAUUCAACUCAAUAUGUGAUAAGCUUCAACGCUUGGAGCAAAUCCUUGAUACUGCUUGCAAUCAGGCUUCAGGUGACGGCAGUACGCUUCCGAGAGCAACACAUCCUGACGACUUUGUGGUUGCUACAGUUACAGCCAAACGGAAGGCCAGUCGGAGCAUGCGCGAUACAGCAUUUAUUCAGUUCCUGAUUCGGACAGCGAUAGCUCUCGCACUUUAG